CACUCCACCCCCUCUCCCGUCUUCCCUCCCUCCUUCCCUUUCACUCCUCCCACCUCGGCACCCCCGAGCUCCUCCCGUGCCGCCUCUCAUUCGACAGCCGCAGCUCCCAUGGCAGCGGGGCAAACGCCGCCGGCGCCAGCACGCAGUCCCCGGGAGUCGCUUCGCGCCGCUUUGAACACCGCCCCGCUGGCGCUGCCGCUGCGCCUGCCGCUGCCGCCGAACGGGUCCCCUCGCUCCUGCCAUCCUCACCUGGCCGCCCGGUCCCGGGGCGGCAGCGGUUGCCGCUAGCCCGCACGCACGCCCGCCAACGGUGGCCUGGCCGGGUCUCCUCGCCGGGCGACGGAGCGAGAAGGAGCAGCCUGCCGUAGCGAGAUCGCAUCCGAUCUUCCGUAGACUUUGCAGUUGACGACUUUUGUCGGCCCGUACAUCUCUUAUUCUCGUCGCAUCUCCGGAGACGAUCUUCAAGGGUCUCGGCCAUCAGGGGUGUUCUCUGCUUUUCUCAUCUGCGGAUUUGGGGGGGGGGGAUUUUGUUUUUCCUUUUUUUGGUUUUUGCUUUUUGUAACUUGACGGCCCCGACGAUUUCGCGUUCCCGGAGACCUUUCCGGCCACUCCUAGAUUAAUGAGGCAGCCACCUGGCGAGUUUGACAUGGCUCUCAGCGGCACUCUGCUCCCUUCCAUCGCCACCUUCGCAGCCGGCCCGGCGGGCAGGGAGAAAGCCUUGAGACAGGCAGGUGCCACUAACAACCGGUGGCGGGAGGAGCUGUCCCACAUGAAGCGGGUACCUCCGGUCCUGAGCGGCCGCCCCUACGAGCUGGCGGCGGCGGAGAUGGAGAGCGGCGGCGGCGGCGGGACCCCCCCGGCGCUCCUGGCCCGGCGGGAGGCGGAGGAGUUCAACGACCUGCUGGACUUCGACUUCAUCCUAUCCAACUCCCUCAUCCACCAGGAGCCGGCGGCCGCCGCCGCCGCGGUGUCUUCCUCGGGCUCGUCGUCCCCGUCCAGCAGCGGGCCGGCCACCUGCGGCUUCACCUACCCGGCGCUUCGGGCCGGGGUGGACCCGGGCGGGGCCGGGGGCGGAGGCGGCGGCAGCAGCAACGGCGGCGGCGGCGGCCUCCUGUUCGGCCGCGAGCAGGCGCCCCCUCCGGCCGCCCCCUUCAACCUGGCCGACAUCAACGACGUGUCCCCCUCCGGUGGAUUUGUCGCCGAGCUUAUGAGACCCGACCUGGACCCGGUGUAUAUGCAGCAGCAGCAGCAGCAGCAGCCGCAGCAGCAGCCGCCCCUGCCGGGAGGCAGCCUCCACGGGAAAUUUGUGGUAAAAGCCACGGUGAACAUGGGAGAAUACGGAAACCAAUCCAUCAUCAGUGUUAGUAAAAACAACCCCACCCCCUGUAGCCCGGACAAUAGCCACCCCAUCGUGGUGGCCCCCUACAGCGGCGGGCCCAGGAUGUGCCCUAAAAUCAAGCAAGAGGCAGCCCCCUCUUGCAUAGGCCGACCCGUGGAGGCCCACCUCGGUGGUGGGGUCCCGGCCCUCAGCAAUGGCCAGAGGGCACAGCCCCACGGUCCCCAUGAGUUCCCCUUGGGGCGACCCCUCCCUAGCAGGACUACCUCCUUGACCGCCGAGGAGCUGAUGAACAGCAGCAGAGACUGCCACCCUUCGACUCAGGGGCUGAGCCAUCCGGCACUGCCGCUUCCCCCCGGUUACCACCCGGGGCCCAGUUACCCUCCUUUCCUGUCAGAUCAGCUGCAGCCACAAGUCACUCCGCUUCAGUAUCAAGGUCAGUCUCCUUAUCACGCUAAUUUUGAAGAGCCUUCUUUAAACGGGCAUCCUGUGGUACCAGGGGUGAUGUUGACUCCCCCCUCUUCACCUUUAGAGCUUAUGCCACCAGGUAGCUGCAUGCCAGAAGAAACCAAACCAAAGAGAGGGCGCAGGUCAUGGCCUAGGAAAAGGACGGCCACCCACACCUGUGAUUACGCAGGCUGCGGCAAAACGUACACCAAGAGCUCUCACCUUAAGGCCCAUCUUCGAACCCACACAGGAGAAAAACCUUAUCACUGUGAUUGGGAAGGGUGCGGGUGGAAGUUUGCCCGCUCUGAUGAACUGACCCGCCACUACAGGAAGCAUACUGGCCACCGCCCAUUCCAGUGUCAGAGGUGUGAUCGAGCAUUUUCCAGGUCAGACCACCUUGCCUUACACAUGAAGAGGCACUUUUAAUCCAAAGCAGUGGAUCUUUCCCAUGCUGCCAUAAGAGAUUCAGUAUUUACUCUAAGACCAUCUUCCAGACGAGGGAGGAACCCAGCUCAAGCACUACAGAGAAUCAAGGUUGAAUCUUCCAAAGGGGAAAAAAAAGAGGCAAAAAUAAAUAAAUGGAUAAUCAAGAGAAA